AUGAGUGCCUCAGCCAUCCGCCGAAAGUCCUACAAGAAAGCCCAGGAAGAGGCUUUCACUCCAAUCCGGUGGGAGGGAGAUCAUGGUGGAGUUGUGGAAGUGCCGGCUGGUAAACUACAAGUCAUGGAGAAGUUCUUCACACCCGUCCAGUCGGGCAAAGAGGGGAAGGGGGGUCCCGAUAUGCAGGGGACGGACAGCCGCAGAGAUCGCUUUUCCACCCUCUCGUGGUCUUCUUCGCCCACAGCCUCCACCUCCUCAACGUCCUGGUCUUCAGAAGCCAGUUUCAACAAGGAGGCCUUCUUGAAGACCAGUCCUCACUCUCAGCAUUCUCAGUCCUGCAUAGACAUUUCAAGCAAAGCCAGCGCUUUCCACCACAGCCGGGAUAGGGAAGCAGCCUACAAGGCAGAAGACCUGUCCAGCUCCUUGGCUCGUCUGAGGAAAGGCCAAAGCAAGAGUACUGACCGGCUGCCCCGUCGCCAGGGCCGUCAGGAAGCCCGGUCUCUACCAGGCCCAAAUGACAGCCUUGACAGGCACCUUUACAAGGAACCCGGCCUGGAGCGCAGCAGCCCCCUGUCCAGUGAGCAAGCUGAAGUCCUUGCCCCUCGGCAGCCUCGCCAAACAGGGGGCCCCAGCAAAGGGAUCUUGAAAAACAGGGCAAUGGCCAGGGUUGACCGGCUGCGGAAGGCAAAGUCCAUCGAGACCAUCACUGUACGCUCGAUGGAAAGAGAGCCUCAGGCUCCUCUGGGACCUGUCAGGCCUCUGCAGCGGGAGAAGCAGCCCCCCAGCAGCCUAGAUUUGAGCGCCCCCAAGAAGUCACCCAACACGGGGCGGAGGAAGCGGGUGGAAGAGAAGCUGCGUUUUUCUCAGUUCCUCAACGAGAUUACCCGGCAAGUGCUGAGCCCGUCCAGUCUCUGUUCUCUGGGCUGGAAGCCGCCGGAGGCUGCCUCGGCCAGCAAACCCCCCAGCUCCGACGGGUCCGAUUCAAAAGGUUCCAGCAGCAAAGCCAGCUCGCCUGGGUCCUUUCUGGAUGUGGCUGAGGGGAAGGAGGAGAAGGCUUCCCAUGGCCGAAGGAGGCUGGUACGGCCCUUGGCCAAAGGGAACACUGCCCUCAGCCACCACACGAGACAACAGGACAAUCCAUCUCCUGCCAGGACCACUGAUGAAGCCAGCACCAGUCCAGAAUGGGGCCCUGCUGCUCCUCUGUCAGCCAGCUUGGGGAGUUUGCCAAAACAACUGGGAGAGGCAAGCGAGGGGCAGAACAAGCUGAAGGAAACCAAAGCAGGCCCCGGCAAAGACACUGACGCUCAAGCACUGCCCCUUAAGAAAGCCGAGGAGGAUGCCACAGGAAUUGCUGAGAAGCCAGGCACCAAGGAGCAGCAGGAGAACCUGGGAGGGAAGACCGGGACACUCGGCAAGGCUCAGAGCAUGGCUGAAGAGAGGGAAGCGUUGAACCAGAGGAUUAAUGAACUCCUGGAGAGACUUGCCAUGGCCCAAAACACCAUUGGCACCUUGGAGAAACUAAAUAUCUCAGGGCUGCUGUCCAAAUCCGACAUGGAGCCCCAGCACAAUGAGAAGUCAGAGUCCCCUGACAGUUUUUGUUCUCUGAGCAUCUUGGAUGUCGCACCCCCUCCUGCUUUCAUGGAUGGCGCCUCGGACACCCACCUCGCACUCAGCCACUCUGACUCGGCCACUGAAACCAGCAAGUUAGGUUGCAGCUCUGAGUCAGACUCCGCUGCCCCCAACGGAGAGGAGAUCCCGCUGCUGGGCUACAAGGCCCUUACCCCACCGCCAGAAGUACCCAGCAGGCAUUGCAGGAGCCACACCCAGGUGACCGCCUUUACUCCUUGGAAACAGGCAUCCACCAAAUUCUCCAUCGAGCACGUCAACUCAACGGAGAACAGCCGCCUUCUUCCACUGGCACUGAGAGACAUGGUAGAAUUCAGGAAGAACUGGAAAUAUAUCCUUAUAGCUGUGCUUUCUGGAGCUGCCGUGCUGACCAUUGGAAUCUUGCUGGGGCACUAUGCAAUUCCAAAAAGCACAGCUGGUCCUGAGACCCCCAGCUGGCUUUACAGCGUGUCACAAGAUCUGGAUGAGGAUCUGCUCCGAGACUUUAUGAACCAAGUGGAAGCCAACAACAUCCGUGAAAACCUCUGGAACUUGUCUUCCAAGCCCCACAUGGCUACCACUGAUGGGGACAAAGAGCUGGUACAGCUGCUGCUGAGUCGCUGGAAGGACCCUGAAACUGGUUUGGACAGUGCCACAGAGGCAGUCUAUGAUGUGUUCCUGUCUUUCCCUGAUUCACAGAGACCGAACAGUGUGGCUGUGGUGUUGGAAAAUGGCACCCAGGCCUUCAUCUCCCGACAGAAAGAGGAACAUCUCACAGCAGAUCAGGCAGACCCGGCAGUGGUCCAGCCCUACGCGGCUUAUGCACCUCCAGGGAACCCCCAGGGAAAAUUGGUCUAUGCUAAUCAGGGCAAACUCAGUGACUACCAAGAACUGGUCCGAAACGGCAUUGAUCUGAACGGCACAAUAGCCAUAACCCGCUAUGGAGGGGCUGGUCGAGCCGCCAAGGCGAUCAAUGGAGCCAGAUUUGGUGUAAUUGGGGUUGUGGUUUACACCGAUCCAGGAGACAUCAAUGACAAGAAAGCCUCAGCGGAGGAGACGUACCCCUAUUCCUGGUACCUGCCCCCUUCAGGAGUAGAGAGGGGGUCCUACAGCAACCACUUUGGAGACCUGCUGACACCGUACUACCCUGCCAAAGAAUUUACCUACAGGAUCCCAGAAGACCAGAUCACAGGAAUCCCUCCAAUCCCAACCCAACCCAUUGGCUUUGAGAAUGCCAGGACACUGAUCUGUAACCUGGCUGGACCUGCAGCAAAUGACUCUUGGCAAGGAUCUUUGGGCUGCAUCUACAAUCUGGGACCAGGAUUCCGGGAUGGAGGGCAGUUCCCUAACACCAGUGAUGUCCAGGUGAACGUCUACAACCAAAGAAGGAUUGAGAAAUCUUCUAAUGUGUUGGGGCUGAUUCGAGGAAGUGUGGAGCCUGACCGGUACGUCCUGUAUGGUAACCACCGGGACAGCUGGGUGCAUGGUGCUAUUGACCCCAGCAGUGGGACAGCAGUAAUGCUGGAGAUCACACGCAUUUUGGGCAAGAUGGUGAAGGAAGGGAAAUGGCGCCCACGGAGGUCCAUUAUUUUCGGCAGCUGGGGUGCAGAGGAAUUUGGUCUUAUCGGUUCCACCGAGUACACGGAGGAAUUUUUCAGCAAAUUACAACAGCGCAGCGUGGCCUACAUCAACGUGGACAUUGCAGUCUUUGCCAAUGCUACCUUGAGGGUCCAAGGAACCCCACCUGUCCAAAGUGUCGUUUUUAAAGCAACCAAACAGGUCCAGACCCCAGGAGAUAAUUCCAUUUCAGUGUACGAUAACUGGAAACUCCACUUCAACCGAAACAGCUCUGUCUAUGGAGUCAUCCCCAGCUUAGGAUCUCUGGGUGCCGGAAGCGAUUAUGCCCCUUUUGUUCACUAUUUAGGCAUCACCUCCAUGGAUAUUGCUUAUACCUAUGAUCGGAGCAAGACUUCGGCGCGCAUUUAUCCUGCCUACCACACGGCCUUCGACACUUUUGACUAUGCGGAUAGGUUCAUUGAUCCAGGGUUCACCAGCCACCAGACUGUGGCACGGACAGCUGGCAACAUUUUGGUCCGCCUGGCCGAUACCUUGAUCCUUCCACUAAAUGUGACUGACUAUGGGGAGAUGCUGGAACAGAUGUACCAGGCUGCUAUCCAGGAGGUUAUUGUGACAGACCUGAUGAACCACAAUAUCUCACUUGCCCCACUCCAGGCUGCAAUUGCACAGUUCAAGUCAGCAGCUGCCAGCCUCGAUCAGCGCAUUGCAAGCUUGCAGGAAGAAGAAUCUCCCAGUCCCCUCCAUGUACGGACGGUGAAUGACCAGCUGAUGCUGCUAGAAAGGGCAUUCUUGAACCCCAGGGCCUUCCCCGACGAAUAUUACUACAGCCACAUCAUCAUGGCCUCCAGAUCGUCUUCCAUCGCCACCUUCCCUGGGCUUGCCGAUGCUUACUCCAGUGCCAAGGAGCUGGGCAACUGGGAGAAUGUCCGGCAGCACCUGACGAUCAUCGUCCAAGCAAUAGAAAAUGCUGCCUCCAUCCUUGAACCAGUGGACCAAUAA